CCCUUCUCUGUUCUCAGUAUUCAUCGAACGCUUGUUCAGACUCCAUUCUUUCUUCCAUUAAACGUCAAAUACAACAAAGAUGGUCAUGAAAGAACAGCUAUUCUAUUUACCACUACUUCUUCUCUUUCUUCUACAUUCCACAAAAACGCUAGCCCAGCCAGCUGCAGCUCCAGGGCCACCUGCCCCAACAAACGUUACUAAAAUCCUUGAAAAAGCUGGCCAAUUUUCGCUUCUUAUUCGGCUCAUGAAGGCUACUGCAGUUGCUGAUCAAAUCGAUCACCAACUCAAUGACACAAACAAUGGCAUGACCCUCUUUGCACCCAGUGACAACGCCUUCGCCAGCCUCAGCACUGGCACUCUCAACUCCCUAAACGAUCAACAAAAGGUGGCAUUGGUUCAAUUUCAUGUAAUCCCCACAUACAUUCCUCUAUCCCAGUUCCAAACCGUGAGCAAUCCAAUCAGAACAAACGCCGGAGAUAGCAGCAGAUACAAAUAUCCACUCAACAUCACCUCUUAUGGCAAUUCAGUAAAUCUUACCACAGGCAUUACCAACACCAGUGUUUCUGGCACCGUGUAUACGGAUGGCCAGCUUGCCGUUUAUCAAGUGGACCAAGUGCUUCUUCCUUGGGAUCUUUUUGGAACAAAGCCUCCGGCACCAGCACCUGCCCCCGCGAAGUCUAAAAAGAAGAAGGCUGAUGAAACUCCUGAUGAUACUACAUUGGCUACCUCUGCUGCCUUAAGGCCCAAGGUAACCCUGCAAAAUGUGGUAUUUUGGGGGGUUGCUAUGGUUGCAGCAACAAUGUUUUCUCUAUGACAGUGAAAGAAAAUACGGUAAUCAAGCUGUGAUUUUUCCAAUUGAACAAUGCUAUCAAAAAUCAAUUGAGAUGGUGAUUGUUAUUUUUUUUCUUGUUCCUGUUUUCAAUCUCAUUUUGUAUGAUAUUGCUUGUUUGUCAUGUAUUAUUAAGAUUGAAUUUUGAGGUUUCCUCCUAUUUUUUUGUUCUCUUUUUCAACUUCUUUGUGAUUCUUGAAUUGUGUACUUUUGUAUUUUGUUUUUGUUCCAUAAAUGUUUAUAUGGCAAUAGACUUUUGUCAUUUAUUUGC